ACGUUUCCAAUCGCAUUACGUGAACAAAUAGCUGAGGGGCGGCCGGGCCAGAACGGCUUGUGUAACUUUGCAAACGUGCCAGAAAGUUUAAAAUCUCUCCUCCUUCCUUCACUCCAGACACUGCCCGCUCUCCGGGACUGCCGCGCUGCUCCCCGUUGCCUUCCAGGACUGAGAAAGGGGAAAGGGAAGGGUGCCACGUCCGAGCAGCCGCCUUGACUGGGGAAGGGUCUGAAUCCCACACUUGGCAUUGCUUGGUGGAGACUGAGAUACCCGUGCUCCGCUCGCCUCAUUGGUUAAAGAUUUCUCCUUCCCUCACGUGAUUUGAGCCCCGUUUUUAUUUUCUCUGAGCCACGUCCUCCUCGAGCGGGGUCAAUCUGGCAAAAGGAGUGAUGCGCUUCGCCUGGACCGUGCUCCUGCUCGGGCCUUUGCAGCUCUGCGCGCUAGUGCACUGCGCCCCGCCCGCCGCCGGCCAACAGCAGCCCCCACGCGAGCCGCCGGCGGCUCCGGGCGCCUGGCGCCAGCAGAUCCAAUGGGAGAACAACGGGCAGGUGUUCAGCUUGCUGAGCCUGGGCUCACAGUACCAGCCUCAGCGCCGCCGGGACCCGGGCGCCGCCGUCCCUGGUGCAGCCAACGCCUCCGCCCAGCAGCCCCGCACUCCGAUCCUGCUGAUCCGCGACAACCGCACCGCCGCGGCGCGAGCGCGGACGGCCGGCUCAUCUGGAGUCACCGCCGGCCGCCCCAGGCCCACCGCCCGCCACUGGUUCCAAGCUGGCUACUCGACAUCUAGAGCCCGCGAAGCUGGCGCCUCGCGCGCGGAGAACCAGACAGCGACGGGCGAUGUCCCUGCGCUCAGUAACCUGCAGCCGCCCAGCCGCGUGGACGGCAUGGUGGGUGACGACCCGUACAACCCCUACAAGUACUCUGACGACAACCCUUAUUACAACUACUACGAUACUUAUGAAAGGCCCAGACCUGGGGGCAGGUACCGGCCCGGAUACGGCACUGGCUACUUCCAGUACGGUCUCCCAGACCUGGUGGCCGACCCCUACUACAUCCAGGCGUCCACGUACGUGCAGAAGAUGUCCAUGUACAACCUGAGAUGCGCGGCGGAGGAAAACUGUCUGGCCAGUACUGCAUACAGGGCAGAUGUCAGAGAUUAUGAUCACAGGGUGCUGCUCAGAUUUCCCCAAAGAGUGAAAAACCAAGGGACAUCAGAUUUCUUACCCAGCCGACCAAGAUAUUCCUGGGAAUGGCACAGUUGUCAUCAACAUUACCACAGUAUGGAUGAGUUUAGCCACUAUGACCUGCUUGAUGCCAACACGCAGAGGAGAGUGGCUGAAGGCCACAAAGCAAGUUUCUGUCUUGAAGACACAUCCUGUGACUAUGGCUACCACAGGCGAUUUGCAUGUACUGCACACACACAGGGAUUGAGUCCUGGCUGUUAUGAUACCUAUGGUGCAGACAUAGACUGCCAGUGGAUUGAUAUUACAGAUGUAAAACCUGGAAACUAUAUCCUAAAGGUCAGUGUAAACCCCAGCUACCUGGUUCCUGAAUCUGACUAUACCAACAACGUUGUGCGCUGUGACAUUCGCUACACAGGACACCAUGCAUAUGCCUCAGGCUGCACAAUUUCACCGUAUUAGAAGGCAAGGCAAAACUCCCAAUGGAUAAAUCAGUGCCUGGUGUUCUGAAGUGGGAAAAAAUAGAUUAACUUCAGUAGGAUUUAUGUAUUUUGAAAAAGAGAACAGAAAACAACAAAAGAAUUUUUGUUUGGACUGUUUUCAAUAACAAAGCACAUAACUGGAUUUUGAACACUUAAAGUCAUCAUUACUUGGGAAAUUUUUAAUGUUUAUUAUUUACAUCACUUUGUGAAUUAACACAGUGUUUCAAUUCUGUAAUUACAUAUUUGACUCUUUCAAAGAAAUCCAAAUUUCUCAUGUUCCUUUUGAAAUUAUAGUGCAAAAGGGUCAGUAUUAUCUAAAUGAAUGAGCCAAAAUGACUUUGAACUGAAACCUUUCUAAAGUGCUGGAACUUUAGUGCAACACAAUAAUAAUGGGUUUUUAUAUGUCAUAGCAUAGAUUGAAUUUAGAAACAAUGCUCCUACUGUUUAAAUACAUAUGGACACAUCUGGUGCUGAGAAAGAAACAAACACAUUACCAUUGGUGUCAAAAAUAUUACUACAUAGCAGAGAAACGGCAAUACAUGUACUCAGAUAGUUACAUCCCUAUAUAAAAAUUAUGUUUACAUUUAAAAAAUAAGUAGAUAACUUUCUUUCUUUCAAGUGCACAAUUUCAUUUUGACUUGAGUCAACUUUUGUUUUGGAACAAAUUAAGUAAGGGAGCUGCCCAAUCCUGUCUGAUAUUUCUUGAGGCUGCCGUCUAUCAUUUUAUCUUUCCCAUAGGCAGAGAUGUUAUAAGUGGGAUUCUUAAUAUCACCAUUCUUGGGACUGGUAUACGUAAGGCAGCCGUGAAACUGGGAAGUCAUUUUGAUGACUGAUGUGAUACAUCCAGAGAUAAUAUGCAUUUAAACAUAUUAAAGUAUUUGCCAAAGACACAAUUUUCUUGCUGACAUAAAAAUCAUACAAACGAGUCCCCCCAAAACCACAACUGUCUCUCAAAUAACUUAAAAAAAUUGAAAAACAUUUUAGGAUUUUUCAACUUUUCUAGAUUUUAAAAAGAUGUUCAGCUGUUAAAGAGAAGAAUGCUAAAAAUUUUAUAUUAUCUAGAACACAGGAACAUCAUCCUGGGUUAUUCAGGAAUCAGUCACACAUGCGUGUGUGUCUGAGAUAUAGUCUAAAUUAGCAAAGCACAUAGUAUUACAUACUUGAGGGGUUGGUGAACAAAGGAAAAAUAUACUUUCUGCAAAACCAAGGACUGUGCUGCAUGAGACAGCUGUGAUUUCAUUUUAAACUGUGAAACCAUGUGCCAUAAUAGAGUUUUGAGAAUUUCGCUUUUUCCUAAAUUCAAGAAAAUGAAAUUACACUUUUAAGUUAGUGGUGCUUAAGCAGAAUUUUUCCUACAUUAACCAGUAUUAAAAUCUCAAGUAAGAUUUUCCAGUGCCAGAACAUGUUAGGUGGAAUUUUAAAAGUACCUCGGCAUCCUGUAUUACAUGUCAUAGAAUUGUAAAGUCAACAUCAAUUACUAGUAAUCAUUCUGCACUCACUGGGUGCAUAGCACAGUUAGAGGGGCUACAGAUGGACAGUCAUCAACUAGCGGAUAUAGCGGUACAUAUCCACCAGGGCACAAGCUUAUCAGUAGACAAUACAGACAGAGCUUUUGUUGAGCUGUAACUGAGCUAUGGAAUAGCUUCUUUGAUGUACCUCUUUGCCUUAAAUUGCUUUUUAGUUCUAAGAUUGUAGAAUGAUCCUUUCAAAUUGUAAUCUUUUCUAAUAGAGCUAUUUUAAUAUACUUGCUUUCUUAAAAAACAAAAAAACUACUGUCAGUAUUAAUACUGAGCCAGACUGGCAUCUACAGAUUUCAGAUCUAUCAUUUUAUUGAUUCUUAAGCUUGUAUUAAAAACUAGGCAAUAUCAUCAUGGAUAUACAGGAGAAGACACAUUUACAAUCAUUCAUUGGGCCUUUUAUCUGUCUAUCCAUCCAUCAUUAGUUGAAGGCCUAAUAUAUGCCAAGUACUCACAUGCUAUGCAUUGAGACAUAAAAAAGACUGUCUAUAACCUCAAUAAGUAUUAAAAAUCCCAUUAUUACCCAUAAGGUUCAUCUUAUUUCAUUUUUAGGAAAUAAAAUUACAUUUCUAUAAAAUUUCAGUUUUAAGCACUAUUGUUUUUCAUGACCAUAAUUUAUUUUUAAAAAUAAAUUAAAGGUUAAUUAUAUGCAUGUAUGUAUUUCCAAUAAUUAAAAAUGUGUUCAAUCCCUGAAAUGUCUGCCUUUUAAAUAUAACAUCUACUAUUUGAUUAAUUUUGACAAUAUUUUUUUCAAUUAGGAAGCUAAAAAUACUACUUUAUUCCUUAUUUGAACAUCCAUCCCCCUCCUGGCACCUCUAAACACACCCAAAUAACUCACAAGUACUGAUUUAACACUCAGUAAUUUUGAACUUCUUUGAACUAUUUUGAACUUUGGAUCUUUUCUCUGAAUAACUUCCUAAAUUCAAAGAUAAUGAUUAGUUGAUGAAGGUUAUCAGUUAAUAAAAUAAAGAACACAGACCAGUCUUACCAAACUCUAAAUAUAUUUAAAAAAAUAGGAACUGGCAAUGAUAAAAAGAAUGUUGAGUACUGACAGGAGAUUGGCCUUCACACUAAAAAAGACAGAAAAUGGACUAAAUAGGAACAUAAUUUCGGAGUUUAUGAGUCAGUUUACAAUAUGCCAUAUUAGUGAUCUCAUAAUGAUUCAGACCACAGUCUGGGUUAAAGAUGUCUUGACCUCUGAGGCUAGCAUAACAUAUAUAAAUAUACAAUUUGCCUGUUUCCAGGAAAUCUGUAUAUUUUUAUAGAAUAACUUUAUUUACAAUUUCUAUCAUCCAAUUACUCACUAGGCAUUAUUUGUAGUAAUUUUUUUCUCUUUGAAAUCUCAUAGGAUAGUCACACUUAUAAACAUUCCCAAUAUUCAGAUUCUAGAAGAAAUGCAAUUCAUUAAAAUUUUCCUGGCACUGAGAGUUAAUCUUUAGCAGAUUGCAUGAAAAUACUGAAUUCCUGGUAAGGAGAUAUUUUGUUUUAAAAAUAAUGUGUUUUGAUACUAAUCAGUGUAUUAACUGAUAACUAAAAAGUACCCUUUUUUCUAAAUAUAUUUUUUCUUUUGAACUCAUAUUCACAAUCAACAUAUUCAAUCAGUGAGUUAAGUCUCAUUCUUAGCUACCAAAAUUCCUGGGCCACUUUUAAACACUAAACAUUUCACUUAUCCUCUAAGCUGAAAUGGUGCUGAGUUAUUUAAAUCUGAAUGUAAAAUGCAUUAAAUCUUAGCUUGUGCUAUAUAAACAUUUAAUUAAUAUAAAACUGCUUGCUAUAAACUAAGUAACAUGUCAUUUGAUGUUAGGUUUUUAAUGAAGUUUUAGCUUCUCCCAAAUUUUUCAGGAAUGUUAUUUGUAAGACGUGUAACUUUUUUGAAGAACUCUUAUUUUAAAUGCUAAGACAUUGGCUUUAUAUUCUUCUUUGCGUUCUCAUAUUCUCUUAUUAUACAUCUAUACUAUGAUUGCAAGAUUAUAUAAAAAUGCCUUGAAUAAAUGAUUUCAAGUGUC